AUGUCGGUGACUUCCAGUUCCAGGAGAAGAGUAACGGAGCUUCAAAUCCCGAAUAAAUGGACAGACAGAGAAACCAGUCCCGAGAGAACCAAAGUUUGGACAGAGCCCAAGCCCAAAACGCCCAGAAAAGUCUCUGUCGUUUACUACCUCUCCCGUAAUGGCCAGCUCGAGCACCCUCAUUUCAUCGAGGUCCCUCUUUCCUCACCUCAUGGACUCUACCUCAAAGACGUAAUCAAUCGCUUGAACCUGCUACGAGGGAAUGGCAUGGCCAACAUGUACUCUUGGUCUGCCAAACGGAGCUACAAGAAGGGCUUUGUUUGGCACGAUUUGUCGGAGAACGAUUUCAUCUACCCAACGCAAGGUCAAGACUACAUUCUCAAAGGAUCUGAGAUUCUCGAUCACGCUACCAUCACCCCGAGGCCGUCGGAGACUCACAAACCGGAGGACGAAUCUGAUUUUCCGGCGGUGAUCACGAGGCGGCGUAACCAGUCGUGGAGCUCCAUUGACCUGAACGAGUACCGAGUUUACAAGUCCGAAUCGUUGGGUGACUCGGCCGGGAAAAUCGCCGCCGACGCGUCGACUCAGACUGACGAUUACCGGAGGCGGAGGAGGACGGCGAUGAGGGAUGAAGAAGAGAAGAAUGGAAUUGAAGAAGUCGAAAUGGAGGGAGAGAGGGUCGCGCACGUGACUUGUCAUAAUAAUCACAGUACGGAACUAAGUAGGGAUGAGAUCUCGCCUCCACCGUCCGAUUCGAGCCCGGAGACACUCGAGACGCUGAUGAAGGCAGAUGGACGGUUGGGAUUGCGGUCUUCAGAACCCGCGAAGGAGAAUGAUCUGAUGGCUGAUAGCUAUCCUAGUGGAAGGAUGAGAGCUUCGUCGGUUCUCUUGCAAUUGUUAUCGUGCGGUGCGGUUUCUUUCAAAGAGAGUGAGGCCAACUCGGUCAAAGAUCAAGGGUUCUCGUUGGUUGGGCACUACAAGUCUAGGUUGCCCCGCGGUGCAGGGAAUCAUGAGGGAAAGGAAGUAGGGACAUCGAUGGAAAUUCCGGAUUUGAGCAGGGUGAGAUUGGAAGAUAAGGAGUAUUUUAGUGGGAGCUUGAUCGAAACCAAAAAAACGGAAGCCCCUGCCUUUAAGAGGUCAUCUUCCUACAAUGCAGAUAGGUACGUUAUAUGUAUUCAAAUCUCAUUUACUAAACACCAUGAAGGAGACGUUGUGCGUUCAAAAUGCAUACCGCGGAAGCCCAAGCCAACAAAGAAAGAAGAAGGUGGUUCGAUGCAUAUUGUUAACAGUGGCCAACAAGGGAGCAAAAGAUUUGAUCUACAACAGUAGGUUGAUACUGUGACUAUGAAACGAAAUGAAAUAUUGACAAUUGGAAGUUUGUAACUGAUAUCCGAAAAUAGAACAAAAAGCUUAGGGAACUAGUAAGCGGUGUGGAAGAAUGUACAAUAUCGUCAGGGAUAGGAUAAGUACUAAUCAAGUACGGGGGUAGUAUAGUGGCCUAGAGCUUUGCAAUUUGCAAGUCGCAGCACAGUGUGCUGGUACAUUGAAGGAGGGUUAGAAAUGUGAUAAAAAUUCUAGUUUGAAAGCCUUGUCC